AGUACAUGAGUAAUAAGGGGUCUGGCUCGGUCACUUUCCCGUCAGACACUGGACAUUCACACCGCACUUUCCGGCGAGUGUUUCCGGAGAUGAUAACGCAUCGGACAUAGUUCAUGGCCGAAAUCGCUUUCAGAUGUCAUUCAGAAAGACCAACGUAAGAAAAUAAGAUUGUCGAUUUUAAUUUUGAACCGGAAAAAAACGAUGUGUCUGGCCAGACGUUCCUGAAAUAUUGAUGUUGCCCGUCGAGUGAGGUGUGUGAUUUAAUACAUGGUAAACAGGUAACAGGAUUAGAAUCUCCGAUGUGAUUGGAACCUUACAAUAAUUUAAUUAUAUUCCGAACAGAAUUUUCCAGAGAUGGGAACAUAUUUAGCCGGGACUUUUUGCAGUAACAUGUAAGAACGAACGGUCGAGCGUACAAAAUAGUCAAACACAAAGCGGGGAAAUGAUCACAAUGCACGUCACAGCAAUUCCAGAGGUGUUUACUAUACUUGUUCUUGUUGCAAGUUAUUCAGCCACGAAUACAACUGACAUCAUGGAUAUCUCCAUGGAAACAGUUCACGUAUCCAUGGAUACCAAUAUGACACUUGAGGAUGUUGUAUCAGAACUUAAUGCUCUCAAGGUCCAGGUCUUGCGGAACAAACAGCACCUCCGCGAGGAGGUGGUCAACAUUCUUAACAAGAGCCACGAGCACCUACACAAGGAGGGACACGGAAGGACCAGGGCCACCCGGAGGCAGCUCCGCCAGAUCAUGACCCACUUGCGCACACUCAGUCUGGACAUCCGGCAGCUUCAUUACCAGACUAUGUACAUGAGGAAGGGAUUCGAACUCUCACUUAACAACACUAAAACUAGCUUAGGCGGGAGGUUCGAGGGCGUCCUAGGUUCGAUGUCCAAUAUAUCAGGAGCCAUGGAAGCAAUGACGUCACGUGUUGGUGCUUUGGAGGACGGUAUGCGGAAGGCUGGUAUUCCGGUACCAACGACAGAGCCAAUCAUGUUGAUGCGAGCGAUCAGUCCAUUAGUUACCACGGUCCGAGGACGGACGGCCGUGCUGGGCUGUGUUUGGACCGUGUCUGGAUUUGACCAGCCGAACAUUUCUGUUUCAUGGUCAAAAAUAGACGGGGUGCUGCCACCGGAGAGUGUUACAGAGAGCGGUAGUUUGAUCAUACGUGAUGUAGAUUACAGUGAUGAUGGCACGUACUUGUGUCGUCAUAGCGAAAUCGAUGAUGACGUCACAUCGACCACUGUGCAACUCGUCGUAAAAGUCCCAACCCUGACCAUGAAGGCCAAGCGAGACAAUGUAGCGGUAUACCGGGGAAGUAAGGCCAUCUUAGAGUGUGUCAUCACUGGGGACGUUACCGUCACUGCCCCCAUAUACUGGACUCGGUCUAAUGGCGUUCUUCCGGUCCAGUCCAUCAUUUCAGAUGGACGCUUGAUGAUCGAUGAUGUGGUAGUGAGGGAUACUGGAACGUAUGUUUGUGACGUCAACAUAACGGAAGUCGUUGUUAACCCGGGCGUGAUCAGACUCGAGGUGAAGAAAGAGGUGAUGGUGCGCGUGAGGUUCGUAGGAGGCACGGGACCUUUCGAGGGCCGCGUGGAGGUUCUGUACCGGAACCGCUGGGGGACAGUUUGUGACGACGGCUGGGACAACACUGAUGCAGGCGUGGUGUGUCGCAUGGCAGGCUACACGUUGGGCGGUGUAGCCAAGUCCAAGGCCUAUUUCGGAACCGGAAGUGGCACCAUAUGGCUGGAUGACGUAAAUUGUAAUGGGACGGAAGACACUUUGGACGACUGCCCCUCCAACCCAUGGGGAGAUCACUCUUGUUACCAUCAGGAGGACGCUGGAGUCAUGUGCUACGUCGAUCCCUCAUUCUCUGGAGGGUUGCGGUUAUCUGGUGGACGGCUACCCGGUGAAGGUCGAGUGGAGUUCAACCGACUAGGUGUAUGGGGCGCCCUCUGUGACGAAGGAUGGGACGACAGGGACGCAACAGUCGUGUGCCGGAUGCUGGGUUUUGACAACGGAGGGUACCGGAACAGACCGGAAGCGUACAGCUACACUAACCAACCAGCAUGGAUGACAAAUGUCCGUUGCUAUGGAGACGAGCUGGAUAUUUUCCACUGUGGACAUCUUGGAUGGGGUCCUCAUGUCUGUCCCAAUGAUAACUACGCAACAGUGACUUGCGCAUAAUUGUGUUUACUUGAA